AUGAAUGCUGAUACUUGUGUUUCUUAUUGUGAUCCGGCUGCCAUGGAUUCCUACUACAACGCAGCCUCCCAGGGCACAGAAGGCUCCUCGCCUUUUAGGGCAUUUCAAGCAAGUGACAAGUUCAGCCCUACUUUCCUGGCCAGCAAAGGACAAGGCUUUGGUGACAGCAGCACUAAGUGCCGGAGCCGCUACAGCCAGCAGGAAUGUCAGUCCCUGGAUGGCAGCGUACAGGCUCCCGGCUCCGCCGGGGCUCCGGCCUCCUUUAACAAAUACCCUCCGCAGCAGCAGCCGCCGCACCUCUACAUGCAGCGAGGCCCCUGCAAAACCCCCCCGGAGAGCAACCUCAAGCUGCAAGAGAGCAGCGGCCACAACGGAGCUCUGCAGGUCUCCUGUUACGGUAAGGAGAGCAGUUUGGGAGAGGCUGACUUGCAGCAGAGCUCUGACCCUUCGGGAAUGGACAGCAGCUACCUCAGCGUGAAGGAGGCUGGGGUGAAAGUGCCCCAGGACAGGGCUAGCACGGACCUCCCCAGCCCCAUGGACAAGGCUGACUCGGAGAGCAACAAGGGCAAAAAGCGGAGGAACCGCACCACCUUCACUAGUUACCAGCUGGAGGAGCUGGAGAAGGUCUUUCAGAAGACCCACUACCCAGAUGUCUAUGCCAGGGAGCAGCUAGCCAUGAGGACAGACCUCACUGAGGCUCGUGUACAGGUGUGGUUUCAGAACCGGCGAGCAAAAUGGCGCAAGCGGGAGCGGUUCGGGCAGAUGCAGCAGGUCCGGACCCACUUCUCCACUGCCUAUGAGCUGCCCCUGCUCACCCGUGCUGAGAACUACGCCCAGAUCCAGAACCCCUCCUGGAUCGGCAACAACGGAGCUGCCUCCCCCGUGCCCGCCUGCGUCGUCCCCUGUGAGACGGUGCCCUCCUGCAUGUCCCCCCAUGCUCAUCCCCACGCGGCUGGCGGCGUCUCCGAGUUCCUCGGCGUCUCUGGCCCCGGCAGCCACGUGGGACAGACUCACAUGGGCGGCCUCUUCGGCACAGCCGGGAUGAGCCCUGGCCUCAACGGCUAUGAGCUGAACAGCGAGCCGGACCGCAAGACCUCCAGCAUCGCUGCCCUGAGGAUGAAAGCGAAGGAGCACAGCGCCGCUAUCUCCUGGGCGACAUGACAGGGUUGCAGCGCAGCGCCCACGAGACACGGAGAGAGCACACGGGGACAGCCGAAUAAAUCCAUCCGCUUGGACUCCAGACAGCAGUUGCCUCCUCGGGGAUCUGAAUGCAGCACUUUUAGCUACCCUAGGCAUAUAAAGUACAUAUGUUAACGUAAGUGGAGUGUUUCCAGCAUGAACACGGCAGCUCCCAGCUUCCUGGGAUCAGGCGGGGAGAGGGAGGCUGUGGAGCAGCACUUCUUCCAGCGAGAUCUGGGUUGGGAUGCAUCCCCUCUCACUGCCACCUCCCCAGUAACCUGGGCAUUUUUUCUCCCCACUCCUUUUUCUGACACCAGUUCUGCUUUUCCAAAGAGCAAGAGCCCGCUGGCAUUUCAGCGGCUCCCCCCAUCCCGUCACCCCCCAUAGACACACAGACACAACCUCCCCUCCUAAUUUGUCGACAGUGUUGCUCAGAUCUGUUCUGCCCUGGGCAGGGGACUGGAUGGGGACUCUGGCACCAGCAAAGAGACACCUCUGAGGCUGCUCCCGUCCUCUUAGCAGGAGCCACGGCUUCCCACAGCUGAAAGGGGAACAGGGUUUGGAAGAUACCUGAGGCUAGAAAGCAAGCAAUAUUAUCCCGUCUCCUUCUACCCUGUUUCCUCUCCAUCUUGCAGUCUGAGGUGAAGCAUGGAGCUGUAGACGCCUGUGAAGGGGAUGCCUCUCUUCCCAGCAUAGCAUGGUCACACCACGCUGGGCAUCUUUGCCUGCUCUCUGGUCACCUGGCUGGAGGUGCACCCCAGCAGACAAUAGCUUCCCAGCACAGCUCACUGCCCCAGGGAGCGCCUGGUGUUUGCUUUGCCACAGUCAUGGUCAGUGUUGAGGCUCAUGUGCAUGGUGAGGCAACAAAACGUUUCCUCUGGCUUUCACUGGGUUGGGAAUUACUCUCCUCAAUUUAGAGACAGCAGGUAUGGGAAGGGAGUACAGUUGCUGUGUAAAUCCACAGGUCCACAAAGAGACUGCUCUGAGAAACAGCUCAAGCACUAGCACAUGGCCAUGGUUGCGUGAGGCCAUCGUAUUCCUCAUACACCUUGUCCUGGGGCCAGAGAAGUGCAAUGACAGCCCCUCCAUGCAGCCCUCCAUCCUAGGGCCCCACUGCGCACAGCCUCUGUGAGCAUCUCGGGGGGUCGGGGGGGGAGCAGCACAGGGACCAGGCUGGGAAGGGACACAAGGUUGGUCGAAGCAAUGCUGCCCCAUCUCCAGCCACCUCGGAUCCUCUUCAUCUCACAGAGGAUGCAGGAGACACCAGAAUUUGCCUGGUGUGCCUGAGACAAUGUGUCUCCCCACUUUUCCCUCCCAGUGCUCUUACCUGCACAGCACUAACUGUUAAGUAAGAUCUCCUUUGCAAGGCUAAAUCUUUUACAAACUUUUCAAUGAUCUCAUAGUGCCAGGAAUAAUUUUGGAACGUCCUUUUGCCUCACUGAAUUAGCAAUGUGGCUAUGCAAGCUCAGCUUGAGCUGAGGCAGCCGUCCCCGAGAUUCAGAAGAGAACUACAGGAUUUUACUCCCAUAAAAAUUUGUGUGUCACCCUACCCUCCUUCAUCACGCUCAGUGUUAGGGGAUCUUGUAGUUCAAGGUCCAGGAAUAUUUAGUGGUCUUGGAAAAGGCUCCAAAUAAGCUACAACCAAAUGUCAGGUUUCAGGUUAACAAGGUAUACAAGUAUUUCUAUAGUGCCUAGACUGCCCUACGCUACAUAAAUGAUACGCCAUUGCUAGAUCAAAUGUCAUAUAUAUUUAUUGGAAUAAGAAAAGACCAGUAGUACUGUCUCUUUUCUCUCCUCAGAAAUGCUAAGAGGUGCCUCCCUUGGUACUCAGAGGGAACCAGUUCGCAUUUAACCACACCGUGCGUAUGAGCAGGGCUUCUCCCAUCACAAGCUGCCAGGACGUAUGUCCCAGCCUAAACAUUCAGCUGAGCAAACGGGCCUGAUUGCUUAGCUGCUAAAAGUGAUGCUGAUGGCUGAGCCAGACAGGAUCGCGCUGACUGGUUGGAGGUGUACGUCACCCCUACCAGGCACCCCAGAAGCCACCGAGGGUCCCGGGCCACCCAGGGACCGGUGGCAGGAGACGAUGUCUCCAGCAGAUUUUGUGCAGGCAGCUGAGCUCAGUGUCGAGAGCAUUUUCUAAGGUACAUCGGUGAGGGGGAUGGUUCCCACGGUCAGCAGGCAAUCCUGUGAAGGGCCGCUGCCCGAACACCCCAGUAACAUUACUGACACGGCAAA